AUGGGAAAGAAAUGCCUUGUAGUAGUUCUUCUGCUUUGUUCAGUGCUAGUCACUCAAGGAGAUGAAUUUGGUGGUACAAGUAGCAGCUCUGACGCUUUUGGCAAGGCCAAGUCGGGUCUGUUCGGAAGCAAAAGUGACUCUGGAGCUACCGGAACCAGCCGUGGCUCUGGGACUGGACUAGGAGCCGCUUUACGCGGUUCUGGGGGUCUUGGUGGACUAGGAGGAGGCUCGCAAGGAGGUUCUAGUGGAGGAAGUGGUGGUUCCUCUGGGGGCCAAGGUGGUGGUCAAGGCUCCAGUGGUGGCAGCUCUGGUGGUUAUGGUGGUAACUCCGGCGGAUCCGGUGGGAGUUCAGGAGGUUCCGGUGGUGGUUCGGGAGGAUUUGGCAACUCCGGAUCCGGAGGUAGCCAAGGUAAUGGAGGGAGUUCUGGCGGAAACCAAGGAUCGGGUGGAAGUGGUGGUAGUUCUGGUGGAUACGAGGGUAGUUCAGGAGGCAAUGGAGGGAGCUCAGGAUCUAGUGGAAACCAAGGUGGAAGCCAAGGCUCACGCAGUGGGGGGAGUUCUGGAUUCGGUGGAAACCAAGGCUCAAGUGGCAAUGGGGGUAGCUCAGGGGGAUAUGGUGGAAGCCAAGGCUCAGGUGGUAAUGGGGGUAGCUCGGGAGGGUAUGGGGGUAGCCAGGGCUCGGGUGGGAGUGGUGGUGGCUCAGGAGGUUCCUCAGGAGGUUCUGGAGGCUCCAGCGGCCGUAGCUCAGGAGGUUCCGGAGGCUCCAGCGGCGGUAGCUAUGGAGGCAGCCAGGGAGGUUCCUCAGGAGGUUCCGGAGGCUACAGCGGCGGUGGCUCGGGAGGUUCCUCGGGAGGUUCCGGAGGCUCCAGCGGCGGUGGCUAUGGAGGCAGCCAGGGAGGUUCCGGUGGAAACCAGGGAGGUUCAGGUAGCAGAUUUGAUCACAAAUUAGGAAAGUGAUUACCAUGAUUGUCAAACGAUCCAAUAAUAUGUACUCCUGAAUAGAUUACAACGUAAUAAAAAUCUUUUUGUUUAAAAAA